CCGCCCAUUCCUGGCUACCCGCGUUGCAAGGACCCAACGCGGUGCCGUCCUGUCCCUCUCUCGCUCCCCGCUCCGCCUCUCCAAUGGACGUCCGCCGGAGGUUCCCUAAGAGCGCCGCCGCCAGCCCGUCGGAGGUCGCAUCCGUCGGUGGCGCCGCCCAGGUCCAGGCAUCGGACGCCCUCCCGCUCCCUAUCCGGCACACGAAUCUCCUCUUCUCCGCCAUCUUCGCCGCCUCCCUCGUCUUCCUGAUGCGGCGGUGGCGCGAGAAGAUCCGCACGUCGACGCCGCUCCACGUCGUCGGUCUUUCCGAGCUCCUCGCCAUCGUCGGCCUGGUCGCCUCCCUUAUCUACCUCAUCUCCUUCUUCGGUAUCACCUUCGUCCAGUCCAUCGUCUCCUCCCACGACGAGGACGACUUCCUCCUCACCCACGCCCCCGCCGCCGCCCCAGCCGCGGCCCCCCAGCCGCGGCCCCAACCCCGCACCCGCCCCCGCCCCCGCCCCCUUCUCUGCGACGCCGCCCCUUCCCCUGGGAAAAUGCCGGCCGUCACCGAGGAGGACGAGGAGAUCAUCUUCUCCGUUGUCGCGGGCAAGACUCCGUCCUACAUUCUCGAAUCCAAGCUCGGAGACUGCAGCCGUGCCGCCGGGAUCCGGCGGGAGGUGCUCAGGAGGAUGACCGGAAGAUCCCUGGAAGGGCUCCCGCUCGAUGGAUUCGACUACGGGUCGAUUCUAGGUCAGUGCUGCGAGCUCCCGGUCGGCUACGUCCAGUUGCCGGUGGGGAUCGCCGGGCCGCUGGUGCUGGACGGAAGGCAGUAUUACGUGCCGAUGGCCACCACCGAGGGGUGCCUCGUGGCAAGCACCAACAGGGGGUGCAAGGCCAUUGCGGAGUCCGGCGGCGCCGAUAGCGUGGUUCUGAGGGACGGGAUGACGCGGGCGCCGGCGGUGAGGCUGCCGUCGGCCAGGAGGGCCGCAGAGCUCAAGGCCUUCUUGGAAGAGCCGAGCAAUUUCGAGACUCUCUCUGUGGUGUUCAACAGGUCCAGCAGAUUUGCGCGGCUCCAGGGGAUCCAAUGUGCGCUUGCUGGGAGGAACCUCUACAUGAGAUUUAGUUGCAGCACCGGAGAUGCGAUGGGGAUGAACAUGGUGUCAAAGGGUGUCCAGAACGUCUUGGAUUAUCUGCAGGGUGACUUCCCAGACAUGGACAUGAUCAGCAUAUCUGGUAAUUUCUGUUCCGACAAAAAGCCAGCUGCUGUGAAUUGGAUUGAAGGACGGGGCAAAUCAGUAGUUUGUGAGGCAACCAUCAAGGAGGAUGUGGUGAAGAAAGUUCUCAAGACCACUGUGUCAGCACUUGUGGAACUCAACAUGAUCAAGAACCUCGCUGGAUCUGCUGUGGCUGGGGCUCUCGGGGGGUUUAAUGCUCAUGCUAGCAACAUCGUGUCUGCUAUCUUCAUAGCCACAGGCCAAGAUCCUGCACAGAAUGUGGAGAGUUCUCACUGUAUCACCAUGAUGGAACCUGUGAAUGAUGGAAAGGAUCUUCACGUCUCCGUGACCAUGCCAUCCAUCGAGGUUGGUACAGUUGGGGGUGGGACUCAGCUGGCCUCUCAGGCGGCCUGCUUGGACCUACUUGGCGUCAAGGGUGCGAGCUUGGAAUCACCUGGGGCAAAUGCUAGGCUUCUGGCCACCAUUGUAGCAGGUGCUGUUCUAGCUGGAGAGCUCUCUCUUCUGUCGGCUCUCGCUGCUGGCCAGCUUGUGAAGAGCCACAUGAAGUACAACAGAUCCAGCAAAGAUAUAUCCAAGGCUGCCUAAUAAAUGGACCUUCAGGAUAGAUUCUCCCGGAAGGUCAAAAUCUUUAAUAUAUAAAAAAAAAAAAAAAAA